AUGCUAAAUCAAAACAUAAUUCGUCCCUCUGUUUCGCCUUGGAGCGCCCCUGUAUGGGUAGUCCCGAAAAAAUUAGACGCUUCUGGCAAAAGAAAGUGGAGAAUAGUCAUUGACUAUCGCCGUCUUAAUGACAUCACAGUUUCCGAAAGUUAUCCCCUGCCUCCGAAAGUUAUCACUGAUAUCCUAGAUCAAUUAGGCCAUUCCAAGUAUUUCACAACCCUUGAUCUUGCUAGCGGUUUCCACCAAAUAAAGAUGGAUCCUAAAGAUGCCCAAAAAACGGGAUUUACUAUUAAUACUAAUUCGAGCAUGUCUGGUAACUACGAAUUCACUAGAAUGCCUUUUGGUUUAAAAAACGCUCCUUCUACCUUCCAGCGCCUGAUGAAUACUGUCUUAUCAGGUUUGCAAGGUCUACACUGCUAUGUUUAUCUAGAUAAUUGCAUAAUUUAUAGUCAUAAUUUAAAUGAACAUAUGGAAAAAUUAAAACUAGUAUUCAAUAAGCUGCGCGAAUACAAUCUAAAAUUGCAACCAGAUAAGUGCUAA